AUGGCGGAUGCAUUUCUUGGUGCCACUAUACAGUUUCUAGAGGGGAAAGCAAUAACCUUGGCUUCCCAGCAGAUUAGCCUUUCUUUAGCCUUUAAGAAAGAUUUGCCGAAGCUGAAGAAAACACUUGCCAAGAUCCAAGCUGUUUUUCAUGAUGCAGAGCAAAAGCAAGUCACCCUCGAGUACGCGAAGCUUUGGCUGAAGGAACUUGAAGACGUGGCUUUUGAUGCUGAUAAUUUGUUGGAUGAUCUCAAUUAUGAAAUGAUUCUGCGCAAAGUUGAGAUUCAGAAACAGGUGAAGAGGAAGGUAUACUUCUCCUUCUCACUCUUCAAUCCCAUCAGAUUUCGUUUCAAAACGGCAAAUAGAAUUCGAACAGUCACUAUGGAAUUGAAAAGAAUUAAUGAAGAAGCAAAGGGCUUUGGCCUCCAGUCACAAAAUGGAGGAUUAAUGAAGAACAGAGAGACUAACUCUGUUACUAUUGAUUCAAGCUUUGUUGGAAGAGAUGAUGACCUCUCGAUAAUAGUGACAGGGUUGACUGCUGCGAUUAAAAAUGAAAUAGUCCUGGUUCUUCCUAUAGUUGGCAUGGGCGGGAUUGGAAAGACCACCUUGGCUCGAAAAGCUUUUAAUGAUUUAAAGAUUGAAAAUCAUAUUUUGACAAGAGAAUAUGGUUCGAUUAUAGAAUCAUUGCAAGUCCAAAAACCCGAAGCUGAGGAUAAAAAGGCCAGAGUCAAGCUGCUAAAAGAAUUAUUGGAUGGCAAAAAGUAUCUAAUGGUUCUUGAUGAUGUGCGGAAUGAGCAAGCCACACUAUGA